ACAGUCUACAAGUUGGACACUCGAUUCUGUAGGUUCCGAAUGGUAUCCAACAUUCCACGUGGAGCCAGACAAAUCUCCACUCAACCAUUUUUUACCGAAGAGAGAGAAAAAAAAUGAAAAAAUGCUUUCAACAACUGCUCUCUUCCAUGGCGCUUCUUCUUUCCGGUGGGUGUGCACGAUUAAACUUUCCAACCUCUGCGCAAUCGACAAACCGUUUCACUGUUUUUGCUACACUGUCCCGUCCUCGGCCUGAUACUGUGAACUGGGUCGAAGCCACUUCCAGCUUUUUCGACCAUGACACGAGGCCUAUCAUGUUGUUCGAUGGAGUUUGCAACUUAUGUAAUGGAGGCGUCCGGUUUGUUCGUGAUGUUGAUCGAAACAGGAGAAUUAGGUUCGAGUCUCUUCAGAGUGAAGCAGGGAAGAAACUAUUGAUGAGGUCUGGAAGAGCUCCUGAUGAUAUUUCUAGUGUUGUUCUUGUUGAAAAGGAUAGAUCAUAUAUUAAGUCAGAAGCAGUGUUAAAGAUCAUGGAAUACCUAGACUUGCCUCUCCCCCAGCUUGCAUUCGUUCUACAGUUUGUACCCUUGUUUGUAAGGGACUUUAUGUAUGAUAAUGUUGCAAACAACCGUUAUGCACUUUUUGGCUAUUCAGACUCAUGUGAGAUAUGAAGUAAUACAGCGGAAUAUGCUUGCGGCUUACAUAUCCAAACUGAGGGCGAAUGAGAAGUAUAAAUCCGACUAGAAAUCCGGAGAUAAACCCUCCUAUAUGAGCUGAAUUAUCCACAUGAGGUAGAAAUCCCACGGCUAGAUUCAGGGAAAUGAUCAACACCAGGGUCAACAGAGCUGCACACUGAACAGACAAGAGUUAGAACACUCAAUUGCCAAAGCUGUUGUUGUUAGCUCAUAGUCUGAUAGAAGUUAGAAUCUUGUAAAGCAUACAGUGUUUACCUUGUUUGCAUAGUUUGUCCAGUUUGUAAUGAGCUCAGAAAGCAUAGCUCCCAACAGGCCGAAAAGUGCACCUGAUGCACCGACAGAUAUGGUUUGUUUCCGCCCAGCCGAAGCUAGAGCAGACAUCAAACUUCCACCAAAGCCAGAGAGCACAUAUAAGAGGCCGAUUCUAACUGCAAUGUUCAAGUAUUGAGAAUUAGUUACCUUAUGAGAAAGCUCAGUUCUUGUAUUUACAGAUUAAUUACUUACAGAAUCCAAAUUCUUGUUCCAGCCGAA